UGGUGAAAAAAUUUUAAUAUCUGUUAAUAGCAUAUUAUAUUAAAUAUCGCACUGAACUUAGAGCUUAUUAACCGCUUAUGACACUUAUAUUUGGAUUUACUAGGAUUUCAUACUCUACUGACUAACAACGAUUCAAUGCAAUUUAUAAGACAACAUUCCUCAGGAUCUUGUGUUUGAGUCUCUUAAUAGUCUUACUUCAACUUAUUGAAAAAAAAAAACGAAUAUACGGUAAUGCAUUGCUUGACAUAAUUACUGGAGUAGAAACAAUAUCGGUCCAAUAUUUAUUUAUAUACAAUAUAACUAAAAAAAUAGUGCCAAAAGUGGUGGAAUUUUAAAUAAUAGUGUAUCCUAAAAAAAAAGCAUAAUUUUGUGUGGAAGAUUUGGCAAUGACAUCCCACGCUUACUACAAAGAGCGCUUGGGCUUCGAUCCAAACGAUACAAGUAAUGAGCCAAUUGCGUCAUCACCUAAGGUGCGGAAAAACUCGAAACACCAACACUCAGACAACCCACACAACCAACACUACGCUAGCUCACAAACACAUGGUCAGCAAAAUGCUGCCUAUUAUUCACAUCAUACAGCUCAAAUACCUGUUUUACAAGAAAAGGCAAGAACCAGUGAUAUUGAUUUUAGUGUGGAAACUAGUCCAGCGAAAAAAGCCAAGCAUUCCGCUGUGCCUUCACAGCAAUCGGUGCAUGUUGGGGGCUACGAAGACGCUUUGACACAAUUUAAAGAUGAGCGGGAUGCUAUUCAGAAGAAAACAUUUACAAAAUGGGUAAACAAACAUCUCAAAAAGGCUAAACGACAAGUGGACGAUUUAUUUGAAGAUCUAAGAGAUGGCCACAAUUUGCUCACACUUUUGGAAGUUCUAUCGAAUGAAUAUUUGCCGCGCGAAAAAGGAAAAAUGCGUUUUCAUAUGUUACAAAAUGCUCAAAUGGCUCUUGAUUUUCUUCGGUACAAAAAAAUUAAAUUGGUUAACAUCCGCGCUGAAGACAUUGUUGAUGGCAAUCCCAAAUUGACGCUUGGACUUAUUUGGACCAUAAUUUUACAUUUUCAAAUUUCGGAUAUUGUUGUUGGCAAGGAUGACAAUGUGUCUGCUCGGGAAGCGUUACUACGUUGGGCUCGUCGCUCUACGCUACGGUAUCCAGGUGUACGGGUGAAUGACUUUACAUCGUCUUGGCGAGAUGGAUUGGCAUUUUCUGCAUUAGUUCACCGAAAUCGACCAGAUUUGCUUGAUUGGCGAAAGGCAAGAACGGAUCGACCCCGUGAGAGAUUAGAACACGCUUUUCAUAUUGUGGAAAAAGAAUAUGGAGUUACGCGUCUAUUGGACCCUGAAGAUGUUGACACAAAUGAACCUGAUGAAAAGUCUCUUAUCACAUAUAUAUCUUCUUUGUAUGAUGUAUUCCCGGAGCCGCCUUCUAUUCAUCCCUUGUUCGAUAUGGAAUCCCAAAGGCGUGUGCAUGAAUAUCGUGACCUUGCUCAUCAAUUUAUUUAUUGGUGUCGAGAAAAAACUGCAUAUUUACAGGAGCGAUCCAUUCCUCCUACUGUUAUUGAAAUUAAGCGUCUGUUAAACGAUUUGCAUUGUUUUCGUAAUGAAGAAGUUUUAGCGCGUAAAAACGAAAAACAAAAGCUUAUUCAAAUAUAUAACGAAUUGGAACGCUAUUUUGAAAGCAUAGGCGAGAUUGAUGUCGAAUCUGAGCUUCGUCCUGAAACUAUAGAGAAGGUAUGGUAUCGAAUGCUGUCCUCACUAUCAGAUCGCGAACUUAUUUUACAACAAGAACUGGAAAGAUUAGAGCGUAUGCAGCGACUUGCAGAUAAAGUGCAAAGGGAACUUAAACACAUUGACGUCAAAAUAUCUGAUCUGGAAACAGUUAUAAAUGAAGAAUCCCGACGUAUUGAACGCUUACAUCCAAUUGAUGCUAAAAGUGUUGUGGAAUCAUUGGAAACUGAGAUUCGCCAUUUAGAAGAACCAAUACAGGAUAUGCAUCAGGAUUGCCUUGUGCUUAAUGAAGGUCGCUACACCCAUGGUGCUGAGUUACUAAGUAAGGCUAAUAAAUUGCAUCAGCGAUGGACAAAUCUUCAUGCCCAUUUCAACUCAAGUUUGGUACAAAAGCUAACCGAACUGAAAUAUCCGGUUCAUGAAACAACUGUAACUCGGCAGACCCGCACGAUUAUUGAAUCCCGUCAAAUUGAAACAAACUCAAAUUUUCGCGACUUGCAGGACCACAUCGAAUGGUGCCAGUCGAAAUUGAAACAAUUGCAUGCGGCAGAUUAUGGUUCAGACUUGCCUUCCGUUAAAGACGAAUUUCGCCGGCAGCAAGAGGAGCAUAAAAAUAUUGAGAAAUUUCACUCUACGAUUUUAACCGAUGAACGUCAGCAAACAAAGUUUUCUGGAGAUGAAUUGCGACUUUACUUGCAGCGUCUUAAUCAAUUACAAAAAUUGUACGCAGAGCUUCUAAGUACUUCAACAAAAAGGCUCUCAGAUCUAGAUGCACUUCAAAUUUUUUUGGCUGAAGCUUCUGCAGAAUUGCAAUGGCUUAACGAAAAAGAACUUGUUGAAAUCACUAGAGACUGGUCCGAUAAACACUUGGAACUCACCUUGGUUCAUCGCUAUUAUGAGAACCUGAUGACAGACUUGGAAAAAAGGGAAAUUCACUUUGCUUCAAUACUUGAUCGAGGAGAAGCACUACUUAACCAACAGCAUCCGGCUUCCAAAUGUAUUGAGGCGCACUUAACUGUGUUGCAACAGCAAUGGGCAUGGCUUUUGCAAUUAACUUUAUGUCUAGAGGUUCAUCUUAAACAUGCCACUGAGUAUCAUCAAUUCUUUACAGAAAUUAAAGACACUGAGCAAUGGCUUAAUAAGCGUGACGAGGUUCUCAACAGCAAAUAUUCCCAAUCAGACUUUAGCUUGGAUCAAGGUGAAAACUUGUUACGUGGUAUGCAAGACUUGCGCGAAGAGUUAAAUACUUUCGGCGAAGUUGUUUCGAAUAUUCAACAACGUGCUUUGGGUAUUAUACCUUUAAGCAAACGGCGUCAGACAGUAAAUACUCCAUACACAAUUCAAGCUAUCUGUGGAUACAAGCUACCAGGCCACAUUCAAAUAGAAAAAGGGGAAAAAUGUCUACUUUUAGAUAAUUCUGGACGUGUAAAGUGGCGAAUUCGUUCUUCCGCUGGUCAAGAAGGUUCAAUUCCAAGUGCUUGUUUUCUUAUACCGCCACCCGACAAAGAAGCUGUUGAUGCCGCUGAGCGACUAAAACGCUUAUUUGAUCGUACAGUUAAUUUGUGGCAAAAAAAACAUUUGAGACUGCGUCAAAAUAUGAUUUUUGCCACUAUACGUGUUGUUAAAAGUUGGGAUUUCGACCAAUUCUUGGCUAUGGGCUCAGACCAGCGUUCUGCUAUACGUCGCGCUUUAAAUGAAGAUGCCGAAAAGUUGCUUAGUGAGGGUGAUUCAAAUGAUCCACAACUGCGGCGUCUGAGACGAGAAAUGGAUGAAGUAAAUCGUUUAUUUGAUGAAUUUGAAAAACGAGCUAAUGCAGAAGAGGAAAGCAAGCAGUCAAGUCGAGUUUUCACCGAAGAAUGCAUAACCAUCAAAUCGAAGUUGGAGGAUAUGGCUCGCGAACUAGAUCAAAUAAUAUUAGCGCCUUUGCCUCGUGACUUAGAUUCUGUAGAGCAUGUGCAAGAAAUAUAUUUGGAUUAUGAACGUCGAUUAAAACAACUUGAUCCUGAAAUUCAGCAUCUCCAAAAGAUUUUCCGGAAUAUUCCACUAAAAACACCUGCUUUGAAAAAGAGUCUGGAUAAUUUAUUGGAGUUAUGGAAUGAGUUACAUACGCAAAGUGGUUUACACAAAGAACGUUUAAAAUUAUUAGAAAUUUCACUAAUGGGAUUAGAGGAAAAUGAAAAUUUAAUUUCUGACAUUGAAAACAAACUGGCUACUCAUAUGGUUUUACCAUCGUCUCAUGAAGGGCUACAAAAGGUGUAUAAGCAAUUAACUGAUAUUCAGGAGCAGACUUCGCAACAUCAACCAAAAAUCGAUAAGAUGAACGAUGCGGCUGAUCAAUUAGGCCGAAUGGGCGUCCCGACUAAAGUUUUGGGUGAUUUAAAAAGUCUACAUACGAAUGUUGGCCGAUUAAAUACACGUUGGGUCACUAUUUGCAAUACAGUAGCUGAGAGAAUGCGAUCGUGUGAAACGGUAAUUGGAUUAAUGAAAAACUUGCAGUCAAGCAUUCAAGCUGAAGAAUCUUGGGUAGACGGUCAGACCGAGAAAUUAUCUGCUAUGCCAACAGCAACUUCAGCAUAUGAAUUAGAUAAAUUAUUGGGAGCUGCGGAAGAACGGAAACCUAAGGUCGAAAAUGUGAACAUUGAAGGAGGACGUCUAAUACGCGAGGCAAAGAUAUAUGAUGGUAAAUGCAUGCGCUUACUGGACUGGAUACAGGAAGUCAGUCCUUCAUUUUCUCUUCCGCGUCAAGAUCUUCCGCAAAAUGUUAAAGACUCAGGCGCUGCGAAAUACUUCAACCAGCGUUUGGUUACAUUAAAUACAAAAUAUAGCCGAUUAUUGGAAUUACUUUCCCAGCGCUUAAAAACGGCAAUAGAAGUGAAUGGAAGCAAAAGUUUGCAAUAUGCUGAAAGUAUUCAAAACCCUCUUAAAACGUUCAGAGCUGAUGUACAAGACUGUGCUCCUUCAGAAGACGACAUUACAGACAUCCCAGAUAACAACGAUUCUAGUAUAGUACGAUCCGGUUACAAAAGUUUCUAUGGCGAGCCGCACUUAACUUCUUUCCCAAAUUCACGUAAAAGCGAUGCAGAUCCAGAUUCUAUUCUGUUAAGGAACAUCGAAGGUCAUGGAUCAGAGAAACAUAGCAGCAAUGGAGACGUCAGUCAGUUAUUCAGUAGUAAUUGGCUUGAUAUUGUUGGAAUACGUGAUCCACGAACCGGUAAUAAUAUUACAGUCCGAGAAGCGAUUCUUAUGCGGAUUUUAGACGUACCUUCUGGGGAAAUGACUUUGGAUGAUAAGCGAAUUUCAUUGGAAUCAGCAACAAAACAAGGCUUUAUUGAUUACAAUUUGUGUCAAUAUUUAUUAAAACUAGGUGCGAGUAAAGAUUCUGGUGAAAAAGAACUUUCUCUUCUAGAAAUCAAUCAGAGUAAGAUAAAAGGAACAUAUUCAGGACAUGAAUCUGCUGAAAAACGAAUUAAGAUAACUUCAGAUGCUGAAGAAAAUAGCACGAGUCCCCAAAAUAUUAUCGAUUUUCUACCCAAGAAAAUUGUUGAUAUUGAGCCAGAUAAAUCCAUAAGUUUACCAGAGGCAUAUAAUCGGGGAUAUUUGAUUAAACAUGAGUCAGUGACAAUAAAAUCUAGUGCGUUAUGCUUAAGUGAUGCUAUUGCUCAUGGCCUGGUUGACGCGUCAGGUUGGAUAGCAGAUCGAAACUCCGGUAAUAAAUUUAGACUUGACUCAGCAGUAAAAAAUCAAUUAAUUGAUCCUAAUAUAGUUGAAGUAGUUGAUGCAAAGAAUGACAUUAAAAUUUCGGUAAGCGAAGCCCUCAAAAUUGGAAUUUUAAAUUCGAAAACUGGACACUACUUAAAUGAAGCUACAAAGGAAAAAUUUACAUUUAUAGAGGCUAGAAAUCGCAAACUCAUUGUUAAACCUUAUACAUUAAAAGAUAUUGUUGAUUUUAAUUUGCUAGAUAAGAAUGAAAAAAUUAGUAGUCCUAUGCGUCGGAGUAAGUUAAAUCUUACAGAGGCAGUUAAGUCUGGAGUUUUAGAUAAUAAUAAUUUAAAGUGCAUUAACAAAAGAAAGGGAGAAUUAGUUACAUUAGAGGAAGCAAUAGAAUAUGGGAUUAUUCUACCUGCGGAAUUAAAGUACCGCGAUUUUAUGACAGGGGAAGUAAUGACUAUUCCAGAAGCAGUAGAGCGUGGGCUUAUAAGUUCGGUAUCACAGAAAUCAAUAUUCAAUAUAGACGGUUUUAAAGAUAUUAGAAGAAAUGAUUUUGUGAGCUUUAAUAUGGCCUUGACGCGUAAUAUUUUAUGCAAAAGAGAAUCCGGUUUUGCUUUGGAAACUAGUAAAAAUAUUUACGAAGCUUUAGAUAUAGCCGUUAAAAAGAAUAUGGUGCGACAAGAGGUAUAUGAAAUGUUUACUAAAAGAGUUGGCGUAUAUGACGCCAGUGGAAACGAACUAACAGUGCUUGAUUUAUGUUAUUAUAAUUUAAUCGAUCCAAAAACGGGGUAUUUACUUGACCCUAAGAUUGGAAAAAAUGUGCCUCUCGAUAUAGCUAUUGAAAAGAAAUUUAUCACACCAGGAGGUGCUUUAUUUCUAAGUAGUUUAUUAAAUAUAACAUUGACAACAGAGACCGUUACUCGUACAGUCAAUCGGUAUGUGUCGAUACAAACUACAGCUCUAGAUAAACAGGAAAAAAUAUCAACAUUUACAGAAGCUGUGAGUGAAGGAUUAAUUGAUGAAGACCGCAGGUUAUAUCAUGACCAGAAGACUGGAAAUGUGUAUUCAGUACAACAGGCUUUAUCUUAUGGUCUUUUGAUCCCCGAUUUAGAUGAUUGUUCACCUGAAAUAAAUUAUGACACAAAAGUGACAAAAAUAUCGUCAACUAAGAAUAACACAACAGUAACUGACAGACUGAUGCAAAUGCAAAAUUACACAGAAGUGAAAUCAAACAAUCAAACAGAUGAUUCCAACACUUUAAAACUAGAACUACCUCCAGGCGGCUGGCUGCUUCGUGAUGCUAUCGAUUUUGGUAUAUUCGAUGCAAAUGCAGGUACGCUCAGUAUAGACAAUGUCUGUAUACCAUUCAAUGAAUGUAUCAAACGAAAUAUAAUCAACAAUCUUUCCGUUUCUGUUAUUGAUCCACAAACAUACGAAAAGCUGUCAAUCGGUUCGGCCAUAAAAAGAAACAUUAUUGAUCCUUGUGGCAAUUAUAAGGAUAACUUUAACCAAACAAUUAAUAUACAAAGUGCUAUCAAUGAGGGGAAAAUAAUUCUAGAAGAAGUGAGUACUAACGUUUAUUCUUCUAGCAUUCGUGGGGCUGAAACUGUAUCUCUUACUCCAACUAAAGAUAAGUUAUUGGAUUCUGAACACGAUUCCCCUGAUCCGCUACAAAUAGCACCGGGUGAAAUUUAUGAUCCUUCCACAAUGUUAGUAAUUUUUACAGAAACAGGUCAAUCAGAAAAUAUAUUAAAGGCAGCCAUUGAAGGUCGCAUAGAUGAAAAUAUAAUAAAAAUUGUUGAUCCUCAUACAAAUGAAGAAGUUUAUAUUAAAGAGGCCAUCAGACGUAAAAUUUGUGAUCCUAACGAUGGAAUGAUUUUGACGAAUUGUGGAGAGCGUACGAGUUUUUGUGAAGCUAUGAGAAUUGGAUUAGCCAAAGUUUGUGGCACACCACUAAUACCAGUGGAAGAUGCUUUACAAACACUUCGAUUCGUUACUGAUCCCCGAACUGGCGAAAAUAUUCCUCUUGAGGUAGCCUACGAACGUGGAAUUGUUCACAGAAGCACGCCAAGCGAUGCUCCAAUUACAUUAUUAAAAAUUCGUAAAAUUAUUUUAAAACCCAUUGAUGCUCUCCAAAAAGGAAUAAUUGAUAACGAAACAAAAGAAAUCCUUGAAAGUUUGUCUAAUAAGGAUGCUUUACCAAUAAGAAAAGCUUUAGAUAUUGGUCUUAUUGAUGGACGAAAGGGAAAAAUUUUAGAUCCACAGAGAAAUCGAAUUUUAAAUAUCCAUCAAGCUGUGGUCGAAAACGUGAUUGAUCCUGAAUCCCAGAACCAUAUAUUAAUUCCCCUAGCUAAAAGUUUAUCAAUACCAAAAUUGCUAGAGCAAGGUCUUAUUGAUUUGGAGUGUCAAAAAAUAGUACAUCCAGAUAAUGGAUAUUUACUUAAUAUUAAUGAAGCUAUUACAUGUGAUAUUCUAGAUCCCCUUUCAGUAGUUCAAAAACCAAAUAAUUCAACAUUGCAGGAAGCAAUUAAAAGUGGAAUAGCUGAUGGUAUCACCUCCCAGUUCAAAGUCGGUAAUAAAGUGUUCAAUCUAAGUCAAGCGGUUGAAGAAGGAAUAUUUGACUCCAGUCAUAAUGGCUCGAAUAAUUUACCACCUAUAGCAAUGACAUUUCCUGUAGCCGUGGAGCGGGGGCUUAUAAAUCCAAAUACGUAUGAAAUAACUCAUCCUUAUACACGUCAAAAAAUGACAAUCGGUGAAGCUUUGGCAAAUAAUCUUAUUAUGUCUAUUCCCUAUCCGCCAAGGGUAGAUGCGAUUGAAAUAGAGAGAGCGUUAAAUGAAGGUCUAAUUGAUGUUGCGAAUCAAACUGUAAAACACCCGAAAACAGAAAAAAUCCUAUCAAUACGAGAUUCCUUAGAAGGAGGGUUUUUGUUAUUGAAACCUCUUUCUGCUUUUGUUGCUACUCAGAAACCAUUAUCAACAACUAAAACAAUGGAAACGAUAAAAUCUCUUCAUACUGUCACCACAAAAACAAUUGAGUUAAUGCAAGGGUAUGUUCUAGUUUCUAAUGAUGAAGUGAGAAAUAUUCAGACUGGUGAAAUUUGUACAUUUGACAAAGCCAAGGAAUUAGGAAUUUUAACGGAAACAUUUAAACAAGAUGAUAAAACUGCAAUGAUUUCAGAACAAGUGGAAUUAGUUGAAAAAGAAACACUUAAAGAGGAACUGAAUACUGAAGACUUAAGAAAUAUGGCAACUGUAAAGUAUAUUCCUACCUUAAGUGAAUCCUCUGCCGUUGAGAAAUUCGAUUCAAACGAAUCUUCAAUUGGAAAUAAAGAAGAUAAGCAAGAAGAAGAUAAACUGAUCAAAAUUUAUGACCAACGCGAUUUUGUAGACAAUAGAAACCAAAUUCUGACUUCUUAUUUAACUCCUGAUAAUAAUUUGCAUGACGUAGAAGACUUCCCGACAUGUGUGCCCCACCAUAUAAAAACAACAAUAGGUGCUGCAAUUUCACAGAACUUAAUUGAACCUUGGCAUUGUCGUGUUAUUAUUAAUGGUGAAGAGCUUAUGGAUACUAUGGAUAUAUUAUUAGAAAAUAAAAAACUUUUUCUACUAGAUGAAGUCCAAAUUCAUAAUAAUAACUUAGUGACUUUGGAACGCGAUUCAUAUUUAUUAAACUCUCAGCAUCAAUUGACACCGGAAAAGAUGAGUGAGUUCAACGCAUUCGAUUUAGAACAUCAAUAUUUCAUGGACCCUGUAACAAAACGAAAGAUUUCAUUUCAGGACUUGGUUUUAAAUGGUAAUGUAUUCAAUCCUGAACACAUAUUAGUAAAAAAUUUUACUACUGGUGAAUAUGAGAAGAUAAUAGAUGCUUUAGACCGUCCGCUCCUAAAUCGUCAUAAUGGUCAUAUGGUUGAUCCAAAAACUGGGAAAAAGGUGCCUUUCUUCGAGUGUAUUACUCGCAAAUGGAUCACCUAUACUUAUUCAGAAGAAAAAUCAAAACCUUCUCUUAUUGAAAGUGUGAUUGAUCCAGAAACUGGUAAAAUAUUACUUGAUGAUGGUCGAGUUUGUUCUAUAAAUGACGCCAUUAAUAAUGGGAACAUUGAUAUUCAUUCGCUAUCAGUUCGAGAUCCCGUAAGUGGGGAAAUUAUUCCACUGCGAAUGGCAAUUGAGUUGGGAGUUGUAAAUAUGGAAUCAGGUACAAUGACUGAUAUUCAGACAUUUCAUGAAAUACCUUUGGAGGAAGCAUUCAAAUUGGGAUUUCUUGUACCCGGUGCACGCAAGCCCAUUUCUCUUGAAGCUGCUGUUCGUAAAGGUCUUUAUAAUAAAGAAACUGGAAAAUUGUAUGAUUCUGAAUCUCAAAACCAAGUUGAUAUUCAACGUUCUAUAGAAAUAGGAUUGGUUGAUCCUAAAAUAUCUCUUAUUGUUGACUCCCUUGAUAAUAAGGAAUUAAAUUUGCAUAGUGCUAUUGAAGAGGAGUUAGUUGAAACAGAAAAGGGACAAGUAAAAGAUACAAAAUCUAAUAUUUUUAUGCCUUUGAACGAGGGGGUUGAAAAUCAUUUGGUAAAGACUGAUAGUAUUACUUGGAGUUUACCAGAAUUAUUGCAACGUGAAUAUUAUUCCGCUGACAGUGGAAAGGUAUUUAAUCCGAUAACUGGAAACGAAAUUAGUUUACAACAAGCAAUUGAGUUAGGCUUCGUUGAAAUAGAUACCUGCUUAAUAAAAAAUGAGGAAUAUGGAACAAUUACGACUGGUAAAAUAGCAGCUAAAGACGGUCUUCUUGACACAGUAACAGGCGUUUUGAGGUCCCCAUAUCUUACUUUAGAUGAAGCUUUUGUAAAAGGAUAUAUUAUAAGCACAAAGAAGCCAUUAUCAUUGGUGGAUUGCUUAGUCCGAAAUAUGUUUGACCCUUCAACCUCAACUCUUAAACUCGAUGAAAAACUUUUUAAUUUAAAAGAAGCAAUUGCUCUCAAAUAUAUUAAUCAAGAUGAGUUAAUUAUAUUAAAUCCAGAAACAGAUUCUGUUGUAAGCAUUAAAGAGGCUAUAAGCACAGGAUUGCUGGAUCCCGUGGGUGGAUAUAUUGUUAACCCAUGCACAUCAAUAAAAAUGUCUCUGUAUGAAGCUUUGGAAAACAAAAUGCUACUUCCACCAAAGCGUAAGAGAAGUUUACCUGACGCUGUAUAUCAUGGUCUGUACGAUUCCGAAUCAGGCAAAUUCAGUAACACUAUUACAAGAGAAAAACUCUCAACUGAAGCUGCUAUUCGCAGGGGAAUUAUUGAUCCAUAUUCGACUAUCGUCAAGAUGGAUAAGAAGUUGCUUCCUUUUAUGGCAGCAGUAGAAGCCGGGAUAGUCGACACGAAAAAAGGGACAAUUAAAACUGGAAAAGGUGCAGAACUUGAUUUUAAAGAAGCAUUUAAUUGUGGAACUUUAGUUGAGGUUAAGACACCAAUAUCUUUAGGGAAAGCCAUAAUUACAAACAUUUAUAAUGAUUCGGAUGGAAACAUUAUUGAUCCCAAAACAGGCCGAGAGCUGCCUUUAGCAAUGGCAAUUGAAGCACAUUUGAUAGACAUAAAUAAUACGCAGUUAAAAGAUUAUAACACUGGACUAUAUACAAAUAUAAAUUUAGUAAGUGCUAAAAUAACAGAUGUGAUUGAUAGUGAUAGUGGUUUGUUGAUAUAUAAUAAUCAAAAGAUUAGCGUUAAACACGCUUUCGACGUAGGCAUUCUGAAAGAUACACAGGCACCUGUAAGCAUUCAAAAAGCUAUCAUUCAAGGCUCUUUUGAUGAAUGUACCGGGAAGAUAAUAGAUCCAACAACCGGAAAAAAAAUCACCCUAAUGGAAGCUAUGCGCAAUUUCGUUAUAAAUCCCCAACUGCCUUGCUAUUUUGACGAACUAAAUGAGAAAAUGCACAAUUUAAACGAAACUUGCCGCCUCGAAAUUAUUGAUAAGCGAGAGGGUGUUUUUAAAGAACGUGGUAGCAACACAAGUAUUUCAUUAGAAGAGGCUCUGAAAAAGGGUCUGAUUGUUGAUAUUGAAAAUGCAGAAUUCGGAUUAUAUGAAACACUAGCUAUGGGAUUUUACGAUGCAUCAGAAAAUAGAAUUUUACACCCCCUUACAGGCAGAAAACUAAACUUAAGUGAAGCAUGUGCUGAAAAGAUUGUGAGCCCAACACACAGUUUAAUAAAGAAUGAAAGUACUGGAAAAUAUAUGCAGUUGUCACAUGCCUUUUCUGAAAAAUUAAUUGAUGCAAACGGUUUCUAUAGUUUGGGCGGAAAGCAUAUAGACUUGGCAAGUGCACGUGAACGUGGGCUAAUUGUGACAAGUCAUCGACCGCUAGACCUUAUAACAGUAAUUCGUAUGAAAUUAUAUAAUUCUGAAAAGGGAACAUUCUGUGACCCGACAACAGGUGAAUACUAUAAUUUAAAUGACGCUAUAUGUAAAGGAUUAAUAAAUUCAAAAACGACAAUAUUCAGAAGCGAAAUGGGUGAUUUUGAUCUAAGAGAAAGUAUUAAUAAUGGUUUUAUAGAUAUUUUUAAAGGAGAGGUGCUUGAUCCCAAAACCCGGGGAUUCCAUAAUUAUGAUAAAGCUUUUAGUAAAGGUAUUUUGAUACCAGUUUCCAAUUCUUUGCUUAUAAACCCUGAAAGAAAAACUACCUCAGAACAGACUUCACAGACUUCACAGAAAAAUGAUAGAACCUCACCUCGAGAAAUGUCAUUAGAAGAGGCGAUAAGCUGUAAUAUAUUUGAUCCUAAUACAGCAUUAGUACGACAAUUACCCUCUCACAAACUGAUUCCAUUUUCCAAGGCCCGGCAAAUUAAUUUAAUUAAUAUGAGUAGCCGAGUUACAAUCGAUCCGAAAUUGUCAUUCCUUGUGUACGAUCCUUCAAUAUUUAUAUAUUUACGUGAGCCUAUUACAUUUGAUCAGGCAGUCGAGAGUAAAAGUCUUGAUUUAGAAACCGGAUUGUUGACGUAUAAAAUCCACCAUAACGACGACUAUAACGAGAAUAUUAGCGGACAUGAUUCUGCAUCAUAUUUAAAUAGAAAAAAUGAGGUAUAUUCACUAAAAGAUGCUGUCACUGCUGGCAUUAUUGAUCCUGUUUCGGCGUUAGUCAAGGAUGAAGCCAAAGCUAAAUUUGUGGGUUUAUCGGAGGCUUUUCGGAAAGGUCUUAUGGACGCAAACAGGGCCAAUGUACUGAAUACAAAGACAUCUAAAUCGUGUUCGUUAAAAAAUGCUUAUGAAACUGGUUUGGUUAUUACACCCAAAAGAUCAUUCGGCUUAAUAGAAGCAAUACAAUAUAAAUUAUACAAUCCCGAAAAUGGCUACCUCACAGACCCAUUCCAAACGAGUUAUGAUAUAAAACAUGAUUUCACAAUAUUGGAAUCCAUUGCAAAUGGCUUGUUGGAUCCUUCAUCGACUGUUGUUCGAGCUUCUAUUACAGACGAAAUUGUUUCAUUGACUGCGGCUAUAAAUAGCGGGCUCAUCGAUGGCGUUAACGGGCGUUUUGUAAAUCACACUGAUAAUAAAGAUAAUAUGGAUUUAAUAAAAGCAGUACAAAUGAAUCUUAUAUUACCUGCCGAACAGCGACAAGCCGUCUUCGAAAAAUUCAACACAUGUGAGGAAUGUGUCAACGAGUUCCUCAAGUGGGUCAGCACAAUUGAGUACAAAAUUUCCAAUGUUGGCGGUCCUAAAGAAAAAAUCGAUGAGAUUCGUAAUCAAACCAAUAUUUUGCGGCAAAUAAAAGAAGAAAUUGAUGGACAGCAACGACCAGUUUCCUCGUGUUUAGAACAAAUACGUCAAAUUGUUCUGACAGGGGCUGACGUUCUUUCUGCUCCUGAGGUGUCAACUCUGGAAAAUGCUGGUAGAGAGUUGCGUUCAAGAGUUGAUCGUGUCAGCGAUCGCGCCUUGCGCUUGCUACGACGUCUCGAAUCUAUUCGUGAUGAGCUCACUAAAUUAUGUGGAGAGCUAAGCAUUUUCUUUAAUUGGUUACAAGAAGCCCGACAUACACUUGAAGAUAAAGAGCAAUCAUUAUCCGACUUAAAGAAUCUUUCUUUACACGGUGAUUCUAUACGUGAGUUUGUAAGUGAUGUCAUAGGCCAUCAAGCUGAUCUACGAUUUGUAACUAUGUCAGCGCAACGUUUUGUAGAUGGAAGCAAGGAAUACUUGGCCAUUUUAAAUGAUUUUCGCACAGCAUUACCCGAACGUUUGCCUCAUAUCGAGCCAAUAUCAAAUGCAGAGAGUCCUAUUCGUCAAGAAGUUUCAUUAAUAUCCACUCAAUACAAGGACUUGUUGCAUCGUGCCAAUGCAUUGCAGGACCGUAUAUCUGGACUAUGUGGAUGCCAACGAGAAUUCCAAAAUGCUAUUGAUAAGGCAGAUGAAUGGAUUCGUAAUGUACAACCCCGAGUAGCACGUCUUAUAGCAGAACCAAUUUCAGGAGACACAAAAGUUGCUUCCGACCAAAUGAAUGAAGCAAAAGCACUUCACAAUGAGUUGUUAUCUAAUGGACGUUUGUUAGAUAGUGUUGAUCAAACUUUAGAAGAUCUAGUAAAAAUAUUGGGUAGCCAGCUCAGUCCAUCCGUAUCUAAAAAUUUGGAGAAGCCUGCACUAGAAUUGAAAGCCAAAUACGUAAAUAUGCUUGACACAUUUGGUGAACAUUGCAAGCUGCUUGAUAAAACAUUGGUACAAUCUCAAGGGGUUCAAGAUGCUCUCGAAAACUUAGUUCUUUGGGUAAAUAAAGCUGAAGAUAUGUUCAAAUUGCAGUUUCGUCCCGCUUCGCUUAUCAAGGAGCGUUUGCAGGAGCAAAUACGUGAGCAUAAAACUCUAUUAGCGGAUGUAAAUUCUCAUCAGGCAACCAUUAGCAGUGUACAAACUUCAGCAAAACAUUUAAUGGACUCCGCAUCAAAUGCACGUAUUGCUAAAAAGGUUGAAUCCAAUCUGAAAGCUACAACUGAAAAAGUAGAUAAACUAGUAGAAAAGUUGUACAAACGAGGAGAAUUUUUGGAAAACGUUUAUAGUCAAUUGCAAAAAUGUUUGGAUGGAAUUGUAUGUACCGAACGAGAUCUUCAUAAUUUACAAGAAAUUAUAAAUAGUCUAGACGCAAAUAAUUUACCAAUAGAUACAUUAUUUUCUCGCACAGAAGAAGCUAUACGCCAAAAGGACAGCAAAACUUCAGCAUAUGAAAAUUGUGUUAGUAGUUGUAAAGACUUAAUUGGACAACGUGAUGUUACCGAUACUAGUCCCUUACGAGACCGAAUAAAAUCAUUAGAAAAUUUGUGGCGAAGUAUAAAUAUUACAUUGGAUGAAAAAUCUAAACUUUCAAAGCUGAAAGCGGAACAGGAAGUGAAAUAUGAAAACAUGAAAGAAGAUGUAAUGUCAUGGUUGACUCAAAUGGAAGGCCUUUUAAAUAAAAUGAGCCCGGUUGCCAUAGAUUUGAAGGUAAUUCGGCAACAACAUGAUGAGCUUAAGCCGCUAAUACACAAGCACAGAGAUUUUAGUGUGCAAAUCGAAAAAAUUAAUGAUAUUGGGGCUCAGUAUGAUGCACUUCUUCACCCAGAAAGUCCAAACCGUAAAAAACUAACUUAUAGUCCUUCUAAAGGAGUAAGCCCCUUGCGCGCUACACCUGGUGAUCGUAGGAGUCCGAGCCCUAAUAAAGGCGGAGUUCUGUCGUCACUAUCUACUGGCCGCAGAUCAUCUCAAGAUGGUUUUCAAAUAUCUGAAUUCUCCCCAGUUCAGCAGCAAUUAAAAGAGAUUAAUAAUCGGUUCAGUUUAAUUGGUGUUCGUUUGACAGAUCGACAAAAUGAGAUCGAUAACAUGACUGAUGAAAUACGAAAACAGUAUGAAAAUUUAAAAAAUUUAUCGUUAUUUUUGGAUCGUAUUCAGCGCCAAGUUCCGAAAGAAAUAGCCUCAAAUAAAGAAGAAGCUGAUCACUGUAUUAAACAAGUACGAAAAGUUCUCGAAGAAAUGUAUGAAAAGCAAAGCUUAUUAGACACAACCAAAGUACAAAUCAAAGACAUCCUUCGUCGGAAAUCGGGUGUAACUGGCGCAGAUGAAUUAAGACUAGAAAAUGAUAAUAUAAUUGAGAAAUGGAAAAGCUUAAACGAUGUUUGCAAACGGCGUAUAGAGUUUUCAGAAAAACUUCGAGACUUUUUAGAUAUACACAAUAAUUUAUCUAACUGGUUGCAUAGUAAAGAAAGAAUUUUAACCGUUCUAGGUCCUAUUUCUACAGACUCGAGAAUGGUUCAGAGUCAAGUUCAGCAAGUACAAGUUCUCCGAGAAGAAUUUCGAAUUCAGCAACCUCAGUUGAACCACUUUCAGGAAAUUGGUCUUGAUAUUCUGAAUCACAUAUCAAACCCCUCUGAGAAAGCAAAUGUAGAAAAGAAAUUAAAGGAUAUCUUAAAUAAAUGGGAGGACCUGGUCUCUCGCCUAGAUGAUCGUGCUAACAAUUUGGGCGGAGCUGUUGACAGCAGUAAAGAGUUUGAUGACGCUGUUACGAGAUUACGAGAAGCAUUGCAAAGUAUCAGUGACAACUUAGACGAAUUACCUAAAGAUGGCGACCAUCAAGAAAAUUUGCGUCAAAUUGAAAAUCUGGAUCGUCAGUUGGAGGGUCAACGAUCAUUGCUUGCUGACGCUGAACAAUCAGCUGUAUUACUUUGCAAUAUUCUUGGCGACUCCGCUUCGCGAAAUGAUGUAAAUUCAAGAGUAUCUGCGCUAGCGAAACAGUAUCAGGCUUUGCAACGAAAGUUGGAUACGAAAAAGGCAGAAACUGAAGCAUCGUUACGAGAUAGUCGCCAUCUUUCCGAAAAUUGUACAAAAAUGCUAGGCUGGUUGUCGGGUGAAUUGUCCAAUUUGUCUGAAAAACUUCUGUUAUCGGCUCAUAAACCUACUUUACAACAUCAAAUUGAUACACAUGAGCCUAUUUAUCGGGAGGUUAUGGCUCGCGAGCACGAAAUUAUAAUGCUUACGAACAAAGGAAAGGAAUUGUCUGAUCGACAACAGCACCACUCAAUAAAACGUGAUUUGGAACGAAUUCAACAACUGUGGGAUAAACUUCGCAGAGAGGUAUCUGAAAGGCACUCUCGCCUUCAAACAGGCAUGGAGCAUUGUAAAAAGUAUUCGCAAAUGUCAGAAACAUUUUUAUUAUGGUUGCGAAAAGCAGAAGAUAAGUUAGCCAACUUGGUGCCUGGAAAACUAUAUAAGUCAAAUAUGGAAAAUAGCUUGCGUGAUAUACAGACACUUCGAAGCGAAGUGUGGAAACACUCGAACGAAUAUGAGACCACUAGGGGAUUAGGAGAGACUUUUAUAAGUUACUGCGAUAUUGACAAAGAUCCGAUAAAAUGUGAUCUGCAAGAUAUUAAGGAUAGAUGGGAACGACUCAACAACGAUUUGAUUACUAAAACACAAGAUAUCGAAAAUUGCUCACGACGCUUAUCUGAUUUCAAUGACAAUCUUAGAAGUUUGGAUCACGCAGUGGGCCGAUGUGAAGAUCGUUUAGCUGCUCAUGAUGCACUGGGAGGUGCAGCAAAAGACCCUAAGCUACUAGAACGAGUGAAAGCUAUACGUGAUGAAUUAAUGAAAUUGGAAAAACCUCUCAAUGAAUUAAAAUCUACGGCGAAAACUAUAUCUCUGGAAAGUUCUACAGCUGGAGGUGAUACGGGUCAUUUGAGUAAUGAAGUGGACAACAUGCUUGAUCGCGUGUCCGAUUUAAAACGUCGUCUAAGUAAUCGCUUCGAUGAAUUACAAUCUGCUGCAUCGACCAUAUCGAAAUUAAAUGAAGAAAUUAAAUUGUUUUUAUCUGAUCUAAAUAAUUUAGAAAAAGAGAUAGAAAACUUAUCACCACCUGGUCGCGAAGUUAACAUAGUUAGAUCACAGCUAAAAGAUAUAUCUGAUAUACAUUCAAAACUCGAACAUAUGUCAAAUUUGGUAAAUGGUAUGGAACGUUCAUCAUCCUCACUCAUUGAUUCCGGGAUUACCACCGAAAAUCAAAUUCCUGCCCAAAUUUCCUCAAUACGUAAAACGCUUAAUCGCUUAGAUAACCAAAGCCGCAAUCACGAGCGUAAUUUGGAAAAUACGCUAAAAGCGUUGCUUGAGUUUUUCGAUGUAAAAGCACGUGUGCUGGAUGACUUGAAACGCGUAAAACUGGAAUUUAAUAAUUUUAAGCCUGUUAGUUCGGAGCUAGAUCAAAUUCGUCGGCAGCAGGAAGAUUUUCGUGAUUUUCGAAAUCUGGAAGUAGAUCCUCUGGGACAGAACAUUAGCAAAGUAAACAACACCGGCCGAGAUUUAGUUAGAUCAGCAGGUAGUGGUGUUUCGACAGCUGUCAUUGAGAAAGAUUUAGAAGUUUUGAAUGAUAGUUGGAAUAAUCUAAAGGAAUUAAUGAAUGAACGUGAGCGCCGUUUGGAUGUUGCUCUUCUACAAUCCGGCAGAUUUCAGGAAGCCUUGUCGGGACUUUCUAAAUGGUUGUUUGAUACGGAAGAAAUGGUGGCAAAUCAAAAGCCACCUAGUUCCGAUUAUAAAGUAGUUAAAGCACAGCUGCAAGAACAAAAGUUUUUGAAAAAAAUGUUAAUGGACAGGCAAAACUCAAUGUCUUCUCUUUCAUUAAUGGGAAGAGAAGUAGCCAAUGUUUGUGAGCCUUCUGAACGAGAUUCUAUUGAAAAAGAGUUGAAUAAUCUUGUGAAACGUUUCGAUUCUCUCACCAAUGGAGCCGAACAACGAGAAAAUGAUUUGGAAGCAGCAAUGGAGGUUGCAAAAGCAUUCCACGAUAAAGUAACUCCACUUGAGUUGUGGCUAGAUGGUGUUGAACGAUCAAUAAAAACUAUGGAGCUUGUUCCAACAGAUGAAGAAAAAAUUCAAAAUCGCAUCAAGGAACACAACGCCUUACAUGGAGAAAUUCUUUCUAAAAAAACAGGCUUUACGAAUUUGGCAGAUAUUGCUGGGCAGCUCAUGCAUUUAAUUGGUGAAGAUGAGGCCAUUCAGCUGGGUGAGAAAGUGCGUAAUAUAACAGAUCGGUAUACUGGCUUAGUUGAUGUCAGUGAAAAUAUUGGUGCCUUAUUAGCUGAGUCUCGUCAAGGUCUAAGACAUUUGGUAAUAACGUAUCAAGAAUUAGUGGGCUGGAUGGAAAGAAUGGAACAAGAACUAGCAAAUUUCAAACUAAUUCCAGUUUAUUCGGAAAAGCUAAUGGAACAAAUGGAUCACUUGGUAGAGUUGAAUGAAAAUAUAGCAAGUCAGGCCCCAAACAUUGAAUCAACAGUUGAUUCAGGCUCCGAAUUAAUGAAGCACAUUUCUAAUGAUGAAGCUUUGCAAUUGAAAGAUAAACUAGACGCGCUUCAACGUCGAUAUGGCCAAUUAGCGACACGAGGAGGCGAUCUGCUUAAAAAAGCUAAGAAUGCACUUCCAUUGGUACAACAAUUCCAUGAUUCACAUAAGCGUUUAUUGGAGUGGAUGCAAAUAGCUGAAAGUUCGCUCUCAGCAAGUGAGCUUUGUCAAGCGGAUAUAUUACGUUUAGAAACGGAAUUGGUAGAAAUGCGCCCUGUUAUAGAUAAUAUUAAUUUAUUCGGACCACAAUUAUGUCAAAUCUCUCCUGGGGAAGGGUCAGCUUCAAUUGAAAACAUUGUAAUGCGUGAUAAUCGACGUUUCGAUGCAAUUGUUGAGCAAAUUCAACGUAAAGCGGAACGGUUUCAUCUAAGUACUCAACGUGUGAAGGAAGUUACGGGAGAUAUCGAUGAAUUGCUUGAGUGGUUCAGGGAUAUGGACGCAACGUUGCGCGAAGCUGAUCCACCUGCAAUUGAGCCAACGUUGGUACGAUUACAGUUACAAGAACAUCGUACAAUUAAUGAUGAUAUCUCGAGCCAAAAAGGGCGGGUACGAGAUGUAGCUGCUUCAUCAAAAAAAAUUUUACGGGAAUCACCUCAAAGCGAAUAUAUAGCAUCUCUUCGUGAAAAAUUGGAGGACUUAAAAGAAAUUGUAGAUUCUGUUGCCCAACUGUGUGGUGAACGCUUGGGCAUUUUGGAACAAGCAUUACCCUUGUCUGAACAUUUUGCAGAUUCACAUAAUGGUUUGUCAAGUUGGUUUGACGAUAUGGAGCAAAAAAUGUCGAGGUUCAGUAUGCCAGCCUUGCGCCCAGAUCAAAUAACGACCCAGCAAGAUAAGAAUGAACGUCUUUUGCUUUCUAUUACUGAGCAUAAACCACUGUUGGAUAAGCUCAAUAAAACUGGUGAAGCUUUAACGGCUCUUGUAUCGGAUGAUGAUAGCGCAAAAAUAAAUGACUUCCUUGAUACAGACAAUGCCCGUUAUGCAGCACUUCGUCUCGAGUUACGUGAACGACAACAAAUGUUGGAAAAUGCUUUGCAAGAAUCGAGCCAGUUUUCAGACAAAUUAGAAGGGAUGCUUCGAGCAUUGGCUAAUACUGUCGAUCAAGUCAAUCAACUGGACCCUCUCUCAGCACUUCCACAGAAAAUAAGAGAGCAGAUGGAGGACAAUGCCUCAUUAACGGAUGAUUUGGAUAAGCGUUCAGAUGCUUUUACGGCUGUUAAAAGAGCCGCUGAUGAAGUGAUUGCAAAAGCCGGAAACAAGGCAGAUCCUGCUGUGCGUGAUAUUAAAUCUAAGCUAGAACAACUUAACAGUCUCUGGAACGAUGUCCAAAAGGCUACUAAAAACCGUGGCAGUUCACUCGACGAUAUUUUAAGUGUGGCUGAACCAUUUUGGGAACAACUCAAUGGGGUUAUGGGUACGCUCAAAGAUCUAGAAGAGACCUUGUCUUCACAAGAACCUCCCGCUGCUCAACCACAGGAAAUACAAAAACAACAAGUUGCACUACAAGAAGUGCGAUAUAAAAUUGAUCAGACUAAACCAGAAGUGGAACAAGUGCGCCGCAAUGGGAGCAAUUUAAUAAAUAUGUGCGGUGAACCAGACAAGCCAGAAGUAAAAAAACACAUCGACGACCUAGAUAAUGCAUGGGACAGUAUUACAGCUCUAUACGCAAAACGUGAAGAAAAUUUAAUUGAUGCAAUGGAGAAAGCAAUGGAAUUUCACGAGACUUUGCAAAAUUUGGAAAAGUUCUUAAAUAAAGCAGAACGCAAUUUUGAGGGACUUGGACCCGUAGGCUCUGAUAUUGAUGUAGUUAAGAAGCAAAUCGUGCAAUUGAGAGAGUUUAAGGACGAUGUUGACCCACACAUGCUGGAGGUGGAAGCAUUAAAUAGGCAAGCCAUAGAACUAACGGAUCGCACAUCUACGGAGCAAGCUGCAUCAAUUCGAAAACCACUGUCUAUUGCAAAUCAGCGUUGGGAAGCAUUGCUGCGCAAUAUGGUAGAGCGUCAAAAGCAGUUGGAGCAUGCCCUGUUACAUCUGGGUCAAUUCCAGCAUGCCCUUAAUGAGCUGUUAGUAUGGAUAGAUAAAACAGAUGUUACUCUGGAUCAAUUAAAAUCGGUACCAGGUGAUCCACAACUUUUGGAGGUGGAAUUAGCUAAAUUAAAGGUUAUUGCUAAUGAUAUUCAAGCUCAUCGAAACUCGGUAGAUACAUUGAACGAUGCUGGCCGUCAGUUGAUCGAAACUGAAAAGGGUACGAUAGAGGCUUCCACCACACAAGAUAAAUUACGAAAAUUGAACUCAAAGUGGAAAUUAUUAAUUCAAAAAGCCUCUGAUCGUCAGCAUGAGCUUGAAGAAGCCUUACAUGAAGCACAAGAGUAUAUUGCUGAGGUGCAAGAUAUCCUUGGUUGGUUAGGUGAUGUGGAUGCUGUAAUAAAUGCAAGUAAACCCGUUGGGGGUUUGCCAGAAACUGCAACCGAGCAGUUAGAACGAUUUAUGGAGGUGUAUAAUGAGCUGGAAGAGAAUCGACCAAAGGUAGAGACAAUCCAAGUGCAAGGCCAGGAGUACAUUAAACGACAAAACCAUAUUAAAGUACCUUCUAGCAAUUUACAACACACCUUACGUACACUGAAACAAAGAUGGGAUGCAGUAAUUUCGCGUGCUUCUGACAAAAAAAUUAAACUAGAAAUUGCAUUGAAAGAAGCUUCAGAGUUUCAUGACACUCUUCAGGCAUUCGUGGAAUGGUUAGACCAAGCUGAAAAACACUUAGCAAAUGCACCACCGGUUUCGCGAGUUUUACGAACAAUUCAGGAUCAAAUGGAGGAACAUAAAGUUCUACAGAAAGACGUCAGCACUCAUCGGGAGGCUAUGCUAUUACUCGAUAAAAAAGGAACUCAUUUGAAAUACUUCAGUCAAAAACAGGAUGUCAUUUUAAUAAAAAAUCUCCUUGUUUCUGUUCAACAUCGCUGGGAGCGUAUUGUGAGUAAAUCUGCUGAACGUACUCGUGCUUUAGAUCAUGGUUAUAAAGAGGCACGAGAAUAUAAUGACUCUUGGAAUAGCAUUAUGCAAUAUCUUCACGAAACAGAUACAAUACUAGAUCAAAUAAUAGAAGAUGCAACGAAAUCGAAGGAACCUCUCAGAAUUAAAAAACUUAUAAGUAAGUUGAAAGAUGUGCACAGACAGCUGGCUACAAAACAAACAAGUUAUGAUGCAACCAUACGCUCAGGUAAAAGUCUUUUAGAGCGGGCUCCAAAAGGAGAUGAAACCACUCUUGUUAAAAUGUUAACAGAACUUAAAGAAAAGUGGACAACGGUAUGGUCAAAAAGCAUUGAACGUCAACGUAAGAUGGAAGAAGCGUUGCUUUUAUCUGGUCAAUUUUCUGAUGCACUUUGUGAAUUACUCGAUUGGUUGAAAAAGGCCAAGACCCGUUUGAAUGAAAACGGUUUGGUGCAUGGCGAUUUAGAAACUGUACAGGCAUUAGUGGAGCACCAUAAACAUAUCGAACAUGACUUACAGAAACGUGCUGCUCAAAUGCAGGGUGUGCUGAAAACCGGACGAGAACUAGAAAAAUCUAGUGACAAUAAAGAAAUAGACCGACAACUUAAUGAGCUUCAAAUACUUUGGGAUGAAGUAAUAGAAGCAUCAAAAAAAAGAAAUGGUCGGUUGCAGGAGGCACUUAAAGACGCGGAAAAAUUAAAUAGAGAAAUACAUUCACUUUUCGAUUGGUUAGAUCAUGCAGAGCAAAAGUUACGUUAUGCGAAAAACGCGCCGGAUGAUGAAAAGAUUACACGGGAAAUGAUCGCGAUGCAUAAUGACUUUACAAAAGACUUGGAAAAUCGAAAACACCAGAAAGCCCAAACUUUCCAAUUCGCUGACGAAAUCAUUUAUAAAGCAUAUCCAGAUGCCAUUCCAAUCAUAAAGAAUUGGCUAACAAUUAUUCAGCAGCGGUGGGAUGAAGUAUUACAAUGGUCUGUUAAUCGAGAAGCGAAAUUAGAACAGCAUUUACAAUCGCUUAAGGACUUGGACGACAUAAUUGAGGAACUUUUGGUCUGGCUCAAUGGUCUGGAAGCAACUCUUUUAAAUUUGGAAAAGGAGACCUUGCCAGAUGAAAUUAUUGAAUUGGAAAAACUUAUCGAAGACCACAAAGAGUUUAUGGAAAACACUGCACGCAGACAAGUCGAAGUAGAUCGUGCUUGCAAACCUAAGCAACAGUCUUCUAACUCACGUCGAAGUGUAUUAAGAAUAUCCAAAACUCCAAACUUCAAGGGUUCUCGCGAUCAAGGGCUCAAUACGCGUAGAUCUAAUCGUUUAACACCGAGUCGUGAUACUCCUGAUAGAGAUCGUUUACCGCAUUAUGGUCCUAGAUUUUCAGAAAGCGUGAGUUCAGUCGCUCAAGACUUAGAGUUUCGGUCGCCGCGUGCAAGUUUGUUGUGGGACAAAUGGCGUUAUGUUUGGAUGUUGUCAUGGGAGCGGCAACGUCGUCUUCAUGACCAUAUGAUGCAUUUGAAGGACAUGGAACGCGUACGAAACUUCAGUUGGGAUGAUUGGAGAAAAAGAUUCCUUAAGUACAUGAAUCACAAGAAAUCACGACUGACAGAUCUAUUUCGUAAAAUGGAUAAGGACAACAAUGGUCUCAUCCCACGAAGUGAAUUCAUGGACGGCAUAUUGAAUACAAAAUUCGAUACAUCUCGUAUGGAAAUGAGCGCUGUAGCGGAUUUAUUUGAUCGGAACGGUGAAGGUCUUAUUGAUUGGCAAGAAUUUAUUGCUGCCUUGAGGCCUGAUUGGCAGGAACGUAAACCUGUAACGGAUUCCGAUAAAAUACACGAUGAAGUAAAGCGGCUAGUUAUGCUGUGCACUUGCAGGCAAAAGUUCCGUGUAUUCCAAGUAGGAGAAGGCAAAUAUAGAUUUGGCGACUCCCAAAAACUGCGCCUGGUGCGUAUUUUGCGAAGCACCGUUAUGGUUCGAGUUGGAGGCGGCUGGGUUGCACUUGAUGAAUUUUUACAAAAGAAUGACCCUUGUAGAGCUGAUGAGCAUUUAGCAGAAUUAAUGCCUAUAUUCGAACGCAUACGCACGCAAGAGCAGGUUCCGUGCGCCUUUCCCAUACAUAUGGGUGCGGGAGGCACCGUAUUUGUACGUUGUAAUAAUAGUCGCUCUUUACCAUUAAGUCCACAUGUACUACACUGUCAUCCCACCACGCAUUGGGUUCGGGAACGAUCAGUACGCUCCAUACCAAUGUCUCGGCCCUCCCGGUCAUCCCAAUCAGCUUCUACACCUGACUCUCUCAGUGACAACGAAUUUGGUCAAACUGGAGCUGCAGGCCGCUACACUCCGCGAAAAGUAACAAGCACCGGUACUCGCAGUGUCAUAACCCCUUCCGGAUCCCGAGCAGGUUCGAAACCUAAUUCCCGUCCUUUGAGUAGACAGGGCUCGAAACCGCCAUCACGACAUGGAUCAAAUAUAUCGCUGGAUAGUACAGAUGAAAUUCCACCAUCCCGAAUACCACAGAGAAAAUCUUCGACUGCGUCGGGAAGUGGAGUCGUAACCCGUCCAUCACGUUUAUCUGUAACCUCGGUUGCACAUGAUGUUGGUACAUCCGGACGGAAAACCGUUUCGGGAUCUGCUAGUCCGGCACAAGCAAGCAGUGGUGGUAUGAGUAGAGCGUCCAGCAUUCCCAGACUAAGCGGCUAUAGUUAUAGGAAAAACACCAGCGGCAGCUCAACUCCUUCUGGUAUACGAACUCCUCGAAAAGGAUCGGCAGACCCAACUAUAAGCUCAACUAUGAGAUCGCAAACGCAACGAGGAACAACACCCGUGAAUAAACGUGAACCAUUUCGCCUUUGAAUUGUUAAAAAUAAUUGGCGCUGACGGAAAAAUUUAAAAUAAUGCCAUUUUGUUAUUUGAUUACGUCAUGCCGGUCGGAGCUACAGUAAAAAGCUCCAUUCUAAAAGACAUCGAAAAUUUUGUAAUAUUUACAUAACCAAACUAAUAAUCUUAGAGAUAAUCCUAACAUCAUUCUUGAACUUCGUUUACCCCCGAAAUAUGUUAGCUGAAAUAUACCAGACACAUAACGAAAAUCGAUUUUGGCGUUAUAGAGCUAAAGAAUAAAAUUGAUAUCGAAGUUAAUUUGCCUAUA